AUGGCCGGCGUCACCGUGCUCGGCGAGCUCCCGUCCGCCUCCCUCUUCACCUUCCCGCCCGAUGGCGCGCAUAUGGCCAUUCCCCCACCUUUCCCCGGGUCCAUCGCCGCAGCCCCUCCGGUCCAAAUUCCCGACAAUAUCUUCACCGCCGCUCUUGACCCCAGAGUGCCCAUCACCAUUGCCACUCUCUACGCCGUCACCGUCAAGCUCCUGAACAAGUACAACAACUCGACCAACCGUAAGCCUUGGGGAAUCAGCAAGACCAAGCCCUUCUUCGCCUUUGUCGUCUUGCACAAUGUCUUCCUCGCCGUCUACUCGGCUUGGACCUUCUGGGGCAUGCUCGGCGGCAUGCGUAGGAGCGUUGUGAGCCCCUUUGGCCCCAAUGGUCUGGCUGCCACUGCCGACAGCUUCUGCCAGCUCAACGGCAACGGAGGCUUCGGUGCCGCCACCGUCUACAACGAGACUGUCGGUUACUGGUCCAGCUUGACCGGCAACAACGCUCUUGGCUUUGAUGGACGCCCCAGCCGCGAGGCCACUGGCAGAAUCUGGAACGAGGGACUCGCCUUCUACGGCUGGAUCUUCUACCUGAGCAAGUUCUACGAGGUCCUUGACACCUUCAUCAUCCUCGCCAAGGGCAAGCUCAGCUCCACCCUCCAGACCUACCACCACGCCGGUGCCAUGAUGUGCAUGUGGGCUGGUAUGCGCUACAUGUCCGCCCCUAUCUGGAUGUUUGUCCUAGUCAACUCCUUCAUCCAUGCCAUGAUGUACACCUACUACACCAUCACCGCUUUCAACAUCCGCGUCCCCAUGGCCAUCAAGCGAACCCUCACCACUCUCCAGAUCACCCAGUUCCUUGUCGGAGCUACCUACGCCAUGGCCCACUCCUUCGUUUCGUACACUGUCCCCGUGACUGUCUACACUGCCGAGAAGGGUGCCGAUGCUAUCACCCAGUCUUCCACCAGCACCGCCGCCGAGACCGUUGCUACUGCCGCAACUGGCGCCUUUGAGGCUCUUAAGGACAUGGUCUUCGGCGCCUCUGCUAAGGUCGCUGAGGAGGCUGCCGCUGUCUCCGUCGCCGCCGCCGCCGCUGCUGCCCCCCCUCAGCCCGGUUUUGUUGCUGAGACCAUCUUCGUCACCCAGCCCUGCGUUACCACCAGCGGCGAGACCUUUGCCAUCUGGCUCAACGUCCUCUACCUGGCACCGCUCACCUACCUGUUCGUCAUGUUCUUCAUCCGCAGCUACAUCCGCCGCAGCACCGCCGCACCCAAGGGUAAGGGCAAGGCCCGCCGUGAGAGCAAUGUUACUCUUGCGGAGAAGGCUGGCUGGGACGCCGCCCGCGAGGUCAACCGCGAAAUCUACAACGGCUCUGCCUCGUACAACGUCGAGGGCAGCCCCAAGCGCGCUGGUAACGGCAAGGCCAAGCACUAG